AUGGGCGAACGCUUUGCUCCCAAAGUCCCGGUCGAGCUGGACCCGCCAAAGGACGACCCCAUUAGCCUCGAGGAAUUGGCCAAAUGCGACGGCACUGAUCCUAGCCGUCCUACCCUCAUUGCGAUCAAAGGUGUUGUCUUCGAUGUGACUCGGAACUCCAUGUAUGGCGCGACCGGCUCAUACAAGAUUUUUGCCGGCAAGGAUCCCUCCCGUGCGCUUGCGAAGACCUCUUUGAAGGCCGAGGAUUGUGUGCCUGAAUGGUACGAUCUCGACGAGAAGGAGAAGACCGUCCUGAAUGACUGGUACACCUUCUUCAGCAAGCGGUACAAUAUCGUCGGCAAGGUGGAGGGUGCUCAGAACACCUAG